CUAAUUUGUCAUGUGUAGUUGUUAUGUUAUUAGACCUCAUACAACCAUCGCUUCUCCUUUUCUCACCAUCUGAAGAAGACAAACUGCAGACCCGAGUCCGAUCAACACUCAAGUUGGCUUCCAGUAUGUUUUUACCCGAGAUGUCAACGCUUUUCGACCUACAGCUCUCCUCAUUCAGUGGAUUUUCUGAAAGUGGAGCAACGUCUUCAUCUUUAACGAUAUGAAUUGCAAAGAAGAAUGAAGAUCUACAGUGAUCUUUGAGUAGGGCUAGAGUGAGCAAUCAUACAUCAAUCGUCACUGUGAACGAACAGUUAAAGAGCUUUGGCUAAAUAAAGUCAAACGCGCCUCGUGUUGCUAAGUCUUGUGCCGUUUGUUUCAACGGAAAUAUCGGCCCAUCGGAUCAUAUUGGUGUCAACAGCAACCAGAGCCAUCGCAAGAAAGAUGUUUUUUUUACCGAUAUCGAUAAAAAUCUCUAAAACCGUCUACCUCUAUUCCUAAAGCUCUUAUCAUCGUUUCCGAUUGGACCAAUCAAGGAAAACGUUUCCACCACGUUGAAGUAUACGAUCGAUUUUCUCAUAUGUGGCACCGAUCGAACCAAUAUUACGGCUGAAUCGUCCUUUCAUCAUUUCCUUCGUCAGGAUCUCGAAAUUGCCGACCUGGAAAAGAAAUGCUGAAGGUUGUUAGCUAAUGGAAGUUACGUCAACAGCUUCAAUGGGGAGAUUGACUGUGAUAGAAUUACGCCUCCACGCGCGGUAGGUAGGUGGCAAUCAACCCUGCGGACCACCUCUUGCAGUUCCGUAUUCAGUGGACCUGCACCGGUGCGAGGAAUGACGGACUUCGGCGUCGAGAGCUUGCUUUGCUGGUUUAAGUUCCUUUGCACACUUCGCUGUUGUCUGACCCAAUCCGAGAAACGCUGCCUGAAUGCACACGCAGGGUCCUCACUGCCAGCGCCGCCUCCAUUUUCAAAUUACAUAUGAACUACGCAAUGACGUAUGGACCUGCUGGUACUUCAAUUGUGGUCGUUGUCACCGUCGUCGUCGUCGUCGCCGUUGUUCAAGCCGCCAGCGGUGAAUUGAGGACUACACCGGAGAGGUCUCUCACUCACGCAUAACGACAACAACAGGCAACCAAGCAAGAAAACUAGCAAAAGACGGUGGUUCAUAGCCAUCGCGACGGCGACGGUCAACCAAUCGACUCAGCGUCUAGUAGCACAGCACAUUGAACGCUAUAGAGUAGUUGUUGACGCCGGCGACAGCAACAGUAAAGUUAGUAGCAACGACAGCGGCAGACAGUGAUGUUGCUGCUUAGUAUAUUGAAUGCGCUGCUACAAAAGUCCAGAGCGAAACGCAGCAGCAGUAGCGGCCAGUAAGGGAGAGGCGGGUGGCCGUAGAGGCAGAAUGACGGUCCGUUACGGAUGACGAGUUCAGACCGCGCCACGACCGUUGCUACUACAACUACGAUGGACUGCUGCUGCACUGGAGGUAGAGGGCCGCGUCUGUGCUACUGUCAUCAUCAUCGCCAGCAGCAGGCAAACUUAGGCAAAGAUAGAACGUUGAAGCUGAACAGAACUAAGAGCUAAGCUGCAGAAGCAACAGCAACACGCCACAGCGUCAAUUGCCGUCGAUGGUGCUGCCACCACCGUAACAACAUCACGGGCCACCGGCCUCCAGCGGCGACUCAUGCCAGAGUAGUCGUCACUGCAACAGAAUUAGCCACCCGAGUCGGUACUGCUGCGGGCGACGGCGAACGACGUCUCCUAACGUUAAUCGGGCCUUGCUGGACGUCGAAUGUCCGGACUGACUGACUGACGUCCGUCGUAGUUCUGCUACCGGUUGUGGCCGAUCGGAUUGAUUACUGCUGAACUAGGCAAAAAUCUGUUUGUUAGGCAGAUAGAUAGGUGACUGCUUGCUAUUGUAGCUAUUGCCAAGUCCUCGAUUAGUACUAAUGAACGACGGCACAGGGUCGCCAGUUAAAGUUUAUCGGAGCCAGGUGCCGUACGGUAUUGAAAUGCAGAGACAUCUAUUUGUUCAACCUAUUAACUCCGUAAGGUGGUGAUUGGCCUGCCGCGUCCUGCCUACUUCUUCUAAUCGCCGAAUGUUUCCCAACGCGAACCGUGGUUCACCUAUGCAAAUCAUGAUUAUUUUCAUCCCAUUUCUUUUUCCCUACAGAAUAACGGUUAUGAUCUCCCGUAGAGAUUUACCCUUAAUUUCUUGCAUCUGCCGAUCAUGGCUGUAAUAUGAAUGAUACAAUCAAUUCCAGCUGACUUGAACCUGAGUAUUGCCUCAGGGCAAUUCCCUCUCAAUUACAAUACGAUUAUUGAGCGCACACGUAUAUGCCUUCCCUCUCGAUUUCUGCUUGCUCACAUCGGAUGCGUUGGACAGCGAAUUAUACCGGCAUCGUCCACCAGACGUACAAUUUGUUUCAGUUCUUAUCAACGGUAUAGCGAUGAUGUGCAGAAUAGUGAUGGUGCUCCUACUACAACUACUGUUCGAUAAUACCGAAGAAAAACACAAAACAAACAGUGACUGAAAGAGUUGGCGAAAUUUGGCCCCGUUGGAUUCUUCUAUUGUGACAUUCGCCGCCACCCGCUCAAGUCAAUCCGCCGAAAUCACAACUUAGCAUUGAUUGCCAUCACCAUGGUCAUCACCGGCAUUGAAGUCAGCCAUCCGGCGUAUCUGCAAUGUCAACGAUUGCGAUGCGAUAUCAGUCAACAAUAUUAGCACAUGACGUAGAUCGCAGGAAUUUCUACAGUUGGAAGACAUCUCGCAAUGGGGCCUUCCGUCAGCAAUCGUGGACAAUUAUCGCGAGAAGGGAGUGGAACGCAUGUUUCCGUGGCAGGUUCAAUGUCUGCUUGCAAAAGGAGUUCUUCAGGGGAAAAAUCUAGUCUAUUCAGCACCCACUAGUGCAGGUAAAACGCUGGUAGCGGAGCUCUUGAUGUUGAAGCGGGUCCUUGAAACUCGCAAGAAAGCCAUUAUGAUCCUGCCGUUCGUGUCUGUUACGAGAGAGAAAAUGCUUCACUUUCAGAACCUGUUCUCUACGGGCGGUUUACGGGUCGGCGGGUACAUGGGAAGUUAUUUUCCCAUGGGGGGAUUCCAAUCCAUCGAUAUCGCGGUUUGUACGAUCGAAAAAUCGAAUGCUCUUGUGAACAAACUGCUGGAGGAAGAUUCGCUUGAUUUACUAUGUUGUGUCGUCGUUGAUGAAUUGCACAUGUUGGGCGAACCGCAAAGGGGCUAUCUCCUCGAACUGCUUUUCACCAAGUUGUUGUACUUUCAAAGGCAUAGUUCGUCCAGUAGUAUACAGCUAAUUGGAAUGAGUGCGACACUGCCUAAUUUGGACCUUGUUGCUAACUGGCUGGACGCGUCGCUUUAUCGAACAGACUAUCGGCCUGUGCCACUAACUGAAUGCGUUAAAAUAGGCAACGAACUCCCGGUGGAUAUCGGCACUGGAAAGACGGCUGAGAUUCCGAUUCUCCGAUGCGCCCUACCAUCGUCGGUCGAUGAUUUCGAUGGUUGUCUCAGUCUGGUGAUUCACACGGUGUCUCAAGGCUUUGGUGUUAUCGUAUUUCUGCCGACAAAAGUAUGGUGCGAGACAAUGAGCCAACAGAUUGCCCGGGCCUUCCUAGCAGUCGGAAAGCCCCCGUCAGAGCCAAAUAAGGUUGAUCCCGAAUUGCUUCAACUGGGCGCUGAUUUACGAGCAGUUAAUAAGCGCAAUGAGAUACAGGAAGUUCUUGAAAAGUUGCAACAAACACCAGCAGGACUCGACCAAGUUUUAAAGAAAACGAUUCCUUAUGGAGUGGCGUUCCACCACGCAGGCCUCACGUACGAUGAGCGGGACAUCAUCGAAAACGCAUUUAAGGCUGGUAUUCUCAACGUGUUGACAGCAACAUCAACGCUUUCCUCUGGAGUGAAUUUGCCUGCGCGGCGUGUUGUUAUCAGGACGCCGAUGUUCGGCCGUCAACUGCUCGAUGUCCUCACAUAUAAGCAGAUGAUCGGCCGCGCAGGUCGGAAAGGUAUUGAUGAUCGUGGAGAGUCGAUUUUAGUUUGUAAGGAUCAAGAGCGCGUUCAGGCAAUGAAAUUAGCCACUAUGAACUUAGCGCCCGUUCGAAGUUGUUUGGCAGCGCAUGGGUCAGUGUCAGGUGCUCUCAAACGGGCCAUCCUUGAGAUUGUCGCUUCAGGCGUGGCGAAGACGCUACGGGACAUAGAGAAGUAUAUUAAAUGCACGUUCCUCAAUGAGUGCGCACAGGCUAAGGUUUUAACUAGUGACGACUUAGCGAUAAUCAAAGGCGAAAGUGCGGCUCAUUCAACUACAAAUGCUUGCAUCGACUAUCUCGUUAAGAACGACUUCAUUAAGGUUUCACCUGAAGAAAAUGGUGUCCAGGCAGUAACACCGACUAAAUUGGCGGCAGCCGUUUUGGCGAGCAGUCUCUCGCCUGAUCAAGCUUUACUCAUUCUUAGGGAGCUUGGAAAAUCACGGCAAAGCUUUGUUCUUGAAAAUGAUCUACACAUAAUAUACGAAGUAACACCUUACUUUAUUAGUGAGCAAGCGACGAUUGACUACAGUACUCUAAGUGAAUUCUAUGACGCACUAACUGAAGAUCGGCGUCGAGUAGCUGAAUUGAUAGGUUUCGAUCUCGGAUUUGUCUACAAAUGCAUAAGGGGAGCGGCUACGAAGAGCGAUAAGGAGAUGAAAGACUCUCUGCAUCGGCGUUUUUACGUGGCUUUAGCCCUUAAUGAACUGGUUCAGGAAGUUCCCCUUUCUGAGGUGUCAACAAAAUUUGGACUACAAAAAGGAAUGCUGCAAAAUCUUCAGCAGAGUUCGGCCACUUUUGCAGGUAUGAUGGCGAUUUUCUGCAAACGACUAGGAUGGCACAACCUUGAGCUACUCAUUGGUCAGUUUCAGAAAAGACUCCACUUCGGAGUUCGGCAAGAGCUAUGUGAGCUUCUGCAGCUUGUUCCUAUGACCGCACAAGCUGCCAGAAUCCUUUUUAAUGCAGGCUUCAUUGCGCUUCCUGAGUUAGCUAAAGCACAACUAUAUGAGGUAGAGGCUGCUUUUCGAGCCGCUCGUGCUUACGAAGUCAAAGAAGGGGAAUCUUCAGCAGAUGUUCGUUGGAUCUAUCUCAACGGUUUUGACGGCGUCACAGAACGCGAGGCAGCCAAAUUGUUAAUUGAUGAAGCUAGAAAAACUUUGCAUGAUUGGCUUGGAAUCAAAGUAGACUUCGAUAAAAAGGAACAGGCAUUUAGUCAGCAAAAAGAAACAAAAGGAAACCGACGUGAGAAUACGAGUGAGCAGCAUGUCGAAAUUGAAAAAGAUACAUCUAGGAACAUGUCGGUCGAACAAAAUCCAAUUAGGGAUGAAGUCGAUCCAGUUGAGAGUAAUGCUGUAGAGAAUCAAGAAUACGAACUGUCGCUCAUGCAAGGUCAAAAGAAUGCCGUUGUGACGUAUCAACAUGCGAGCUGUGUAGGGUGCGAAGAUACAUUGGCAGAGGUUCAAACGGUGUCUGACCCUGUGCCUAUUUCGAAAGCAGUGCGUAUUCAGUCAAAUGCUACUAGCACUGAUCAUGAUCUUGCUAUCACUAAAAACGAAAGCAAAACUUUGAUAGAGAAUUCAAAAAAUAAACCUCACCGAGAUAAACGCAAUGCUCUUGCAAAGAUAACUCCUUCAGACGGCGAUCACAUAUCGGAUAGAAGUUCUGUGAACCCGAUGUCCUUGAAUUCGUCAAGAAUUACGGAAGAGAACUCCUUUCACAAGGGAGUGCAACACUAUUCCACUCCAAAUAAAUGUCCCUCAAAAGACAAAGAACAUUUGCAAAAGUCAUUUACUGCCUUGGCAACUACAUCAAGAACGAAACGCCCUAAUUGUACCAACGAAUUCGAAUCGCCGGCUAGACCGGAAUCGGACCAAUGCAUUUUCAACCGAAGCGUAACACCGCAACUAGAUGCUGGUGACAGUGAACGUCAAGAUAUCGAGGGAGACUCAAUCUUCGACGGAGUGAAGACCCAAGAAAAGAAGCACGAUGAAAAUUCAAAAACCGCUGAAAAGCGCACAUCAGCUGAUACUGGUGAUAGCUCGCUUUUCGACGAUAUUAAUACACAGCCCGCUAGUAUGUCGAUUGCGGCAGAUCACACCAUCACUAGCCCUAUCAGCCCUAGAACGGAUUCUCGGAUAGAACCUCUAGUGAACUCGGGGGCAAAUGUGCGGGUGACACCAACCAAACUUAAAAUGUUAGAAGCGGAAAAUGAACAAUUCCGAAUGGGCUUGCGAGCAUCGGUAAAACGUAGGCCAGAUGAAGAUGUUUCCCCCAACGGGAAGAAGGCAAGGCCCAAUUCAAGCCGCAGCCUGGAAGAAGCCUUCAACCAGGAACGUCGUUCCACCUCUGACGAUUCGAUGGCGUUCUUCAAUAGUAGUCAAAUGAAAAACAUCACGCAAAAUGCAAAGACGGCGCUGAAACACGGUCACCAAUCUCGAACUAGCCCAUACGAGAACGACAGUGAUCUGAUCUUUGAUUGUGUGCUCACAUGUCAGGGCGCCGUGGUUUCGAACAAAGACGCUGUUUCGGUCACAACUGCUUCGGCGCCACUCCCACCUAAGGUUGACCCCAUUGAUACGUUGGCCAUAGUUUCGACAUUUCCAGCCUGUUCGAAAACAAACUCAGCUUGUAUUGAGGACACGGACAGCGAUUUGUUUUCGGAUGGUGAAAAUGCGCCGGUUGAACAACCGGCGGAAUCGCAAAUAAACCAUAAGAUCUUUGACGACGACCAACCGACGAAACCGCAAAUACGUCAUGAGAUUUCCGACGACGACCAGCCGUCACUUGAUCUUUAUCUACCCUCAUCCUCAUCAUCUUCGUUGACACUGAAUUCCUUGCCAGACAUUUCCAGUCCUACACUGACCAGGGCGGGAAUCCACUGCUUACGAGAUCUUCCGGAAAAAGACCUCUUUCAGCGCAUCGAAGCGGCGGGGAGACGAUGCGCACUGUCCCUCGAAACUGAAGCCGCACCCUCAUCCGCUCGGAUCGGACCGGCGAUGCUUGACAAUAGACCUUUGGAUAUAGAGAAUGAAAGUCUUGUUUUUGGCAAUAAGCGAAUUAUAGGAUUUUGUGUAGCUGUGAAUUCAUCAGAAGGUAUCUUCUACACGUUGAAGAAUAGAUAUGAUGAACAUGCAACACUGUUAAAGAAACUAUUCCAACCUCCUUCCGUCUAUACAGUAGGAUUGCUUGACUGCCUGGACCAACUGAAAGUUAUCAUCGCUACUUUAGGUGUUAUACCUGACAACGAUGCAGUUCAAUUUGAGGAUGCUGGAAUCGCGCAUUGGCUCUUAGAUUCAUCAACGUGCUCAUGUCCGUCGUUGGAAACGCUCAUCUGUCAGUACUGUCCAUUGUUAUUAGACAAAAUUAAAAACAAACACCCCGAUGUGCCCCGGUCAUGCAUCGAAAGUUGUGCACAUUUAGGUAUAUUGCGUGGGGUUAUUGAUCGUUUCAAUGUCCUACACAUAAUGCCAACAAUAUUUAGAAAGGAGAUGCGUGUCUGUGUUGUGCUAGCGAAAAUAGACUUGAAUGGUUUUGGCUAUGAUGACAAAACGUGCGAAGCCCAAAUUAAUGCAAUGCGCCAGUUACAGUUUCAACUAGAGACCAAAAUGAUCUCGAAAGCGCAGCGAAUAUUUAAAACGACCUCAUCCGUUGAAGUAAGCCGGGUCAUUUAUUCUCUCUUUAAAGAUAAGCUGGUCAAGCAUAAAAUCAUUACUGGUCGUGAACCUCCCAACAAACUAAAGCUGUCUUCUAAAACAAUUCUCCUUAAACUUGCUGAAGAGGACCCGCUCCCACAGUGGAUUGUCGACGCACGAAAGAUUGCUUCGAUUCUUACGAAGGACAUGUUUCCGGUUUUACGUGCCAAGGUGUAUCACAGCGGCCUUGGUCAGCACCGCAUAUAUACAAGUUCAUCCCCAUACACCGCAACAGGUCGAAUGGCCUUGAAUGAGCCAAAUUUACAGUCAAUGGCUAGAAAUUUUAAUUCGGCCGGUGAAGAAAUUCUGAUUCGGAGGGGCUUUAUUCCUAUGCCCGAAGGCAUUAUCUUAAGCGCGGAUUUUUCGCAACUUGAGUUGCGUCUUUUGGCGCAUCUCUCCGGUGAUACCGUUUUGUGUCAAAUGUUCAGUGACCCGGAAAAUGACGUAUUUGUGCAUGUGGCUGCCCGGUGGAAACGCUUGCAACCAGAUCAGGUGUCCAGUAGACAGCGACAACAAGCUAAAGAACUCUGUUAUGGAAUCAUAUACGGGAAGGGCGUUAAGAGCCUAUCGGAGGAUUUAGGGGUUACGGAGGAGGAAGGCGAGAUCUUCCUAAAAAAUUUUCAUGGCACCUUUCCAGGCAUUCAAAAAUUUACAUCAGAAGUGAUAUCAAAUUGCCGUCAAUUAGGCUACAUUGAGACAAUGUUAGGUCGAAGACGUUAUCUGCCCCAUAUUAAAUCUCCGAAGGCCCAUUUGAGGGCAAAGGCAGAACGACAGGCUGUUAAUUCCACAGUUCAGGGUUCAGCAGCUGACCUACUUAAAAACUGCCUUAUCGAAAUUGACACGGAACUUACAAGAAGAUUUCCCGAGUCAUCGAAGCCCCAUAGAUCGUACGGAGCAUCAACGCGCAUACCGAUCCGAGGAGCGUUCAUCGUUAUGCAGUUACAUGAUGAAAUAAUAUUUGAGGUUCAUGAAUCCAUUCUGCCCGCAGUAUCACAACUGAUUCGUUUAAAAAUGGAACAAGCUGUAUCCUUGCGGGUACCGCUUGUGGUCAAGUUAAAAACGGGCCCUCAUUGGUCGAGUGUUACCCCUUUCGAAGCCUUGUAAAAUGGAUGGGAAGUCAGAUGUGA